AUGAAUUCUUCUGUAGCUUCUAUUUCUGUCCACUCCGCUUCUACUAUUUCCACUCGCGGUGGCAUCAUGGCCGGUAUAUGCCAAUCCUCUGCUAUUUUGGGACAUGAUCUAAGCGGCAAAAGACGACGGGCUGGCAAGCAACGUUCUCUCUGUCAAAAAUCAGAUCUCGAGGAAUCCUAUCCUGAUUAUUUAAUGGAGGCAUUCUACGGCGACGAUCUAUUGUUCGCUGCUAAAAAAAAUUCACACAAACACAGGAUGAAAAAGCGUCUUCAGCUGCAGUUGCAAGAACAUUUGCAUCAGCAACCUCAAUUGCUUAGACAGCAUCCUCAUUUCGUCGGACAACCAGGAUACAACGAAAAUCAGAGGGCACAUAAUCAGCAGAAACAGCAACAGCAAUAUUCUGUUAAUCUCCCCCAACAGCAGCAUCAGCAGCAACGCCUGCUGAGUCCGAAUGCUCAAUUUGACACGCGCCAUACCAACGGCAUAUCGACUCCCGCAAAGAGCUCUUCAACCCAAGAGAUUACUUCCAGGGCUGCCCAGAAUCGAACAGCUCUCAUCUCAUCAGUCUCUCCUUCCCUCUCUUCAACAUCAUCUUCUUCAUCUCCUUGCUCCUCAUGCUCUUCCCCUUCUUCACCAUCCUCUAUUACAAAGCCUGGUCAUUUAUUUGAUGAAGCUAACUUCUCCCAGUUUGCACUUGGUAAACAAAAUCGGCCGCAAAAUCAACUUGUAAUAAAUCAGCCAGAAAAUUACCAGGUUUCACAGCAAUAUCAGCAAAAGCGACAACAGCAUAACCAGCCACAAAGAAAUCAGCAACAGCAGCAUCAAAUAGGCAUAGCUUCAGGCUCUUUAGACGCGCCACGAGACUGGCGUGUAAGCGAGGCUGUAUCUGACCAGUCGCAGCGUCACUUGAUGGUAUGCCAGCUGGUAGUUAACAUUAUUUUUAUUUAA